AGGGACAGCAACAGGACAGGACGACGACAACAAAAACAUUCGAGUCGAAAGUCUUCUUAUCAAUUCAGGAUUGAAAACGCAGCACGUAAACAUAGCAAAUUAAUCCCGUUCUGUCCAUCAUCAAAAUAAGCAGCAGCAGCCGCAGCACCAUCUAAAGGAUAUAAAAUACCAACAAAUUACAAGGACAUGUGUCUAUAUUUGGGAGUCAUGGAACAUUUGGUCGACGUUGUCGCCUAUUGUGUGUGCCGUGUGCUGGAACUAUCAUUGUUCACCGUAAUUAUGAUUUUUGGCUCGACCAAAUCGAAAUUAGAAUUGACUGAUGACCACCAAUGACCCAAUCAAAAUAACAAUAGGAUGAGGCUAAGCCGUGUGUAAGAUGAUUUCAAUUUGAUAUAAGCGAAAGACUUUUCUAUAUUCAAUAACUAACUACAUACACAUAAGUAACAUAUACAACUACAUAUAUGCAUAAUGCUAUUUAAUACGUAAAUGUAAA